CCCGGUGCAAAUAACCUCCUCGUGCAUACAUGGAUGUGAGCAAGAGCCAGACCAACUGCUUUGGGCUUCCAUGGUGAUACGCCCAUGGGUUCAGAGCGGGAGGAGAUGGGCAAACGGCAGAUGCAGGAGGCACCGAGUACUGUGCAGACGCACAACACACACACUCACAGCGCCAUAAACACUCACACACACAGCUGGCUGAAUGCGCCUCCCAAUGCCUGCUGCUUCUGCUGGUGCUGCUGCUGUAGCUGCUCCUGCUUGACUGUGCGCUCUGCUCAGGAUGAGCGAAUCCAAAGGCUUGUCUGUGAGCAAACUGAAGUGACCAGCAACUGUGAGGAGAGCCCCAAGCCAACGCUGGAGGAUGCCAGCUCGUGGGGGCAGUCGUUUGAGCGCCUGAUGAAGAGUCCGGCCGGCCGUGGCUGCUUUAGGCAGUUCCUGCGGACGGAGUUCAGCGAGGAGAACCUCCUCUUCUGGCUGGCCUGCGAGGAGCUGAAGAAGGAGACCAACCGCGGUGUGGUGGAAGAGAAGGUGCGCCAGAUCUAUGAGGACUUUGUCUCCAUCCUGUCCCCGCGAGAGGUGAGUCUGGACUCCCGCGUGCGCGACGUGAUCAACCGGAACAUGACGGAGCCCACGUCCCACACGUUUGAUGACGCCCAGCAGCAGAUUUACACGCUGAUGCAGCGAGACUCCUACCCACGUUACAUGAACUCCAGCAUCUACUCAGACCUGCUGCUGAGCCUGGAGCAGCAGCAACAACUGCAGCAGCCAGAGAAGCCUCCUGAGACCUCCUAAAUAACACAGGCACGCACACGCAUGCACCUGAGCUUUAGUGACCACGUAACCACAUGUAAGCCACACAUGCAUACGUUCAGGAGACAAACACACACAGAAGUCCUCUGUAAACAGAUACACACCAAUCGCACAGCCUGGCACUAGUUGCACUGAGAUACACGUUACACACUUUGAGCUGCUUCAGCUGGCUUACACCACCUUGAAUCCAUCACACAAGUGAGGGCAAUCAAAAUCACUCACCAAUGCACAGCCUCAAGAAACCCUCACAACACACACACACACACACACCUAUUUUCCCUCUCCCCUCCCAAUUUCUCAGGCGCCAUCCCUGGAUGCUCAGAGCACCAACUGUUAUCAGAGGCAUCCGGAGGAAGCCACAACAAGCAACAUUUUUAUUUUUGGACGUGACUGUAUAUAGAACUUCAGGUACAUACUAAAUGACAAAUAUUGUGGUGUUUCAGUCAGAUUGUCUUAAGAAAUGAGUACCAACAAAUUUACCAAUAUGUUUUUUGUCUGGUAGAGCAUGUUGACAGUAGGCACAUAUCUAGGUCAUCAGAGUAAUUAAUCAGAGAUAAUGACAAUGACAAAAUGAAGUAGAAACAGCUGAAUAACUACAUUGUAAAGUAAUGAACAACUUGAAUCUGAUCAUUUUUAGCUUGACAUUAUCAAUCCUAAUGACAUAU